AGAAAGCGGAAUGGCUGCCGCCGGCCUGGGAGGAAGGCUUUUGGCUCAGCCGGCGGCCCCUGUAGCUAAAUCACCGUCACUUUCGCCACAGCCAGCAGCUGCCCUCCAAGGAAAGCCGAGGAAGGGUCUGGUUUAUCCGCACCCCCCGAGAAGAUCCCGCCUGUCUCGCUCCGUUCUGCGCUGGCUGCAGGGCCUGGAUCUCAGCUUCUUCCCCAGGAACGUCAACAGGGACUUUUCAAAUGGCUACCUGAUUGCAGAAAUAUUCAGUAUAUAUUUCCCUUGGGACCUUAAAUUGUCAUCCUUUGAAAAUGGAACUUCUUUAAAAGUCAAGCUGGAUAACUGGGCACAGCUGGAGAAGUUCCUGGCAAGAAAAAAAUUCAAAUUACCUGAAGAACUAAUCCAUGGAACCAUUCAUUGUAAGGCCGGAGUACCGGAAAUACUGAUACAAGAGGUUUACACUUUGUUAACACAUCGAGAAAUCAAAAGUAUCCAGGAUGACCUUGUGAAUUUCACAGACUAUAGUUACCAGAUGCGUUUGCCCCUGGUCCCCAGGUCUACAGCUUCAAAGUCUAUUAAGGAUAACAUUCGGUUAUCAGAAGUACUAAGCCAUCCCAACACGCUCAGCAAUGAACUUAAAGUAGAAUUUCUCUUACUUUUACAAAUGUUGCAAAGAAAAUUAAGCAGAAAAUUGAAUCCAAAAUGGUUUGAGGUCAAGCCCACAGUGGGAGAACUUACUCUCCAUCAUCUCCCUGCCCAAUCCACCGGGCGCAGAAAUAAUUCAGCGAUUUCCAGGGAGGUAACUGCUCCUGUUGCCUGUAGUGGUGGUAAUCUACUUAGAGAAAUUCAAGAGAAGCAAGCUGGGAAACAUUCUUUUGAGUCUACUAUAAAACCUAUCAGAAAUAAGAAGAAAACCUGAGAAACACCUGUCAAAAGUCACAUGACUUUAAAGAAGUGAUGCCACCAUCUCUUGUCAUACUAAAGGGAUCUGAUCACCUGGUCUUGGAUAUAUUUCAGUAAUAUGUGAAUUAAAGUGGUGUCUUAUCCAUAACUGGCUAAAGAACAUAUCUUUUCAAUUCAACUCACAAACCAUUUAUUGAACACCUGUCAUGUGCCAGGUAUUGUUGAAAAUACAAAUUCAAGUUAAUUAGUACAACAACAAAAAAAACCCAUUGCCAUGGAGUCAAUUCUGACUCAUGGCAACCCUAUAGGACAGAGUAGAACUGCCCCCAUAGAGUUUCCAAGGAGCUCCUGGUGAAUUCCAACUGCUGACCUUUAAGUUAGACAUAGCUCUUAACCAUUAUGCCACCAGAGUUUCUGUUAAUUAGUAAAGAAUGAGUAAAACUAAUUCUAAAGGUACAGUUAAACAUAAUUCAACAUGAGAAGAGUUCUUUCUCAUAUAUUUUGAAGGAAUAGUGAAUCUACUUUGUAAUAUAAUUAAAAAAGCUAACUACUUUGCCUGACACUAUAUACUUACAUGUCACAUUCAUUAAUUAAAAUUCGGUUCUAGAUAAUCAUUAUUAUAUGUUGGCCAUAGA